CAAUCGGCAAGAUGCCUCGCCGGCUCUUGGCUGCAUCGACAGCUUGCAACACUCGGCAUCUUUUCUGGAGGCGCCUCCUUCACCGGCUGCAGAUGGCAUCCGGCUGUGGGCUUGGGGCUCGCAAUUGAUUCUCGCCCUUGCCCACCUCGGAUCCACGGACGCACCUCUCCCUUCUCCUCCUCCCCUCGCGCUCCUGGGUCUAAGCCCAGCUCGCGAUCGCCGGGCGGAGGAAGCAGUCGCGGCGGCCGAGGCUGAGCAGCAGCAGCAGCGCGCUAGCUCCCUGACCUGGGGAGAAGCGCCCACCCGCGAGAGCCGACCUCCGGCUGCCUCCAGCGCCCCCCACCUUUUGCACCCCAAAUCGGGGGCUCCAGGGACCCCCCUUCCCAGACGCCACCAUGCUGGACCCUUCGUCCAGCGAAGAGGAAUCGGAUGAGAUCGUGGAGGAGGAGAGCGGCAAGGAGGUGCUCGGCUCGGCCGCGUCCGGAGCGCGCCUGUCUCCCAGCCGCACCAGUGAAGGCUCGGCCGGCAGCGCCGGGAUGGGGGGCGGCGGCGGCUCUGGGGCCGGGGUGGGCGCAGGCGGCGGCGGGAGCGGCGGCUCGAGCAGCGGCGGCGGGGCCGGGGGGCUGCAGCCCAGCAGCCGAGCCGGCGGCGGCCGGCCCUCCAGCCCCAGCCCGUCGGUGGUGAGCGAGAAGGAGAAGGAAGAGUUAGAGCGGCUGCAGAAGGAGGAGGAGGAGAGGAAGAAGAGGCUGCAGCUCUAUGUGUUCGUGAUGCGCUGUAUCGCCUACCCCUUCAACGCCAAGCAGCCCACCGACAUGGCUCGGCGGCAGCAGAAGAUCAGCAAACAGCAGCUGCAGACCGUCAAGGACCGCUUUCAGGCCUUCCUCAAUGGGGAGACACAGAUCGUGGCCGACGAAGCCUUCAUGAACGCAGUGCAGAGUUACUAUGAGGUGUUCCUGAAGAGCGACCGUGUGGCCCGCAUGGUGCAGAGUGGAGGCUGCUCGGCCAACGACUCCCGGGAGGUCUUCAAGAAGCACAUCGAGAAGAGGGUGCGCAGCCUGCCCGAGAUUGACGGCCUCAGUAAGGAGACCGUGCUGAGCUCCUGGAUGGCUAAGUUUGAUGCCAUCUACCGUGGGGAAGAGGACCCUAGGAAACAGCAGGCCCGGAUGACGGCUAGCGCGGCCUCCGAGCUGAUUCUGAGCAAGGAGCAACUCUACGAGAUGUUCCAGAACAUUCUUGGGAUCAAGAAGUUCGAACAUCAGCUCCUGUACAAUGCCUGUCAGCUGGACAAUCCGGAUGAACAGGCGGCCCAGAUCCGAAGAGAGUUGGAUGGACGUCUCCAGAUGGCAGACCAAAUAGCCAGGGAACGCAAAUUUCCCAAGUUUGUUUCCAAAGAAAUGGAGAACAUGUACAUCGAGGAGCUGAAGUCCUCCGUCAACCUGCUCAUGGCCAACCUGGAGAGCAUGCCCGUGUCCAAAGGCGGGGAGUUCAAGCUUCAGAAACUCAAACGGAGCCAUAACGCCUCCAUCAUUGACAUGGGCGAGGAAAGCGAGAACCAACUGUCCAAGUCCGAUGUCGUGCUAUCUUUCUCCUUGGAGGUGGUGAUCAUGGAAGUCCAAGGCCUUAAGUCCUUGGCUCCGAACCGCAUCGUGUACUGCACCAUGGAGGUGGAAGGAGGGGAGAAGCUGCAGACGGACCAGGCCGAGGCUUCUAAACCAACCUGGGGCACCCAGGGUGACUUCUCCACGACCCACGCACUGCCCGCGGUGAAGGUGAAGCUGUUCACAGAGAGCACAGGUGUCCUGGCCUUGGAGGACAAGGAGCUCGGGCGGGUCAUCCUCCAUCCCACCCCAAACAGCCCCAAACAGUCUGAGUGGCACAAAAUGACAGUCUCCAAAAACUGCCCUGAUCAAGACCUCAAAAUCAAACUUGCCGUCCGGAUGGAUAAGCCCCAAAACAUGAAGCACUCUGGGUAUUUAUGGGCCAUCGGUAAGAAUGUCUGGAAGAGAUGGAAGAAAAGGUUUUUUGUGUUGGUGCAGGUCAGUCAGUACACAUUUGCCAUGUGCAGUUAUCGUGAGAAGAAAGCUGAGCCUCAGGAACUUCUACAACUGGAUGGCUACACUGUGGACUACACUGACCCCCAGCCAGGUUUGGAAGGUGGCCGAGCCUUCUUCAAUGCAGUCAAAGAAGGGGACACAGUGAUAUUUGCAAGCGAUGACGAGCAGGAUCGCAUCCUGUGGGUCCAGGCUAUGUACCGGGCCACUGGACAGUCCCACAAACCGGUACCCCCGACCCAAGUCCAGAAGCUCAAUGCCAAGGGUGGGAACGUGCCUCAGCUGGACGCCCCCAUCUCUCAAUUCUACGCAGAUAGAGCCCAAAAGCAUGGCAUGGAUGAAUUUAUCUCUUCCAACCCCUGUAACUUUGACCACGCUUCCCUCUUUGAGAUGGUACAGCGCCUUACUUUGGAUCACAGACUUAAUGAUUCCUAUUCUUGCCUGGGCUGGUUCAGUCCUGGCCAGGUGUUUGUAUUAGACGAAUACUGCGCCCGAAAUGGAGUGCGAGGGUGUCACCGACAUCUCUGCUACCUCAGAGACUUGCUUGAACGGGCAGAAAAUGGCGCCAUGAUCGACCCCACCCUUCUUCACUACAGCUUUGCCUUCUGUGCAUCGCACGUCCACGGGAACAGGCCUGACGGAAUCGGAACUGUGACUGUUGAAGAAAAGGAACGCUUUGAAGAAAUCAAAGAGAGACUCCGAGUUUUGCUGGAAAAUCAGAUUACGCACUUUAGGUAUUGCUUUCCAUUUGGUCGGCCCGAAGGUGCUUUAAAAGCUACUCUCUCGCUCCUGGAAAGGGUUUUGAUGAAAGACAUUGUUACCCCAGUGCCACAAGAGGAGGUAAAAACGGUCAUCCGUAAAUGUCUAGAGCAGGCCGCUCUAGUCAACUACUCGCGCCUCUCUGAAUAUGCCAAAAUUGAAGGGAAAAAGAGAGAAAUGUAUGAGCAUCCUGUCUUCUGCUUGGCCUCCCAAGUGAUGGAUUUAACCAUUCAGAAUCAAAAGGACGCAGAAAAUGUAGGCCGGUUAAUCACUCCUGCCAAAAAGCUCGAAGAUACAAUACGUCUCGCUGAACUAGUCAUUGAAGUCCUUCAACAAAAUGAGGAACACCACGCAGAGCCACAUGUUGAUAAAGGAGAAGCCUUCGCAUGGUGGUCGGACUUAAUGGUGGAGCACGCAGAGACGUUCCUGUCCCUCUUUGCGGUGGACAUGGAUGCAGCAUUAGAAGUGCAACCCCCAGAUACAUGGGACAGUUUUCCGCUGUUUCAACUACUGAACGAUUUUCUCCGAACCGAAUAUAAUUUGUGCAAUGGAAAAUUCCACAAACACCUGCAAGACCUGUUUGCCCCACUUGUUGUUAGAUAUGUGGAUUUGAUGGAGUCCUCAAUUGCACAAUCCAUUCACAGGGGCUUUGAGCGGGAGUCAUGGGAACCAGUCAAGAGUUUAACCAGUAACCUACCCAAUGUGAACCUACCCAAUGUGAACCUUCCCAAAGUACCAAAUCUACCAGUUAACAUCCCUCUAGGCAUCCCUCAAAUGCCUACUUUUUCGGCACCGUCAUGGAUGGCUGCUAUAUAUGAUGCUGAUAAUGGAUCAGGCACCUCAGAAGAUCUAUUCUGGAAACUUGAUGCCCUUCAAACCUUCAUCCGGGACCUCCACUGGCCCGAGGAAGAAUUUGGAAAGCAUCUGGAACAGCGGCUGAAACUGAUGGCAAGUGACAUGAUUGAGUCCUGUGUCAAAAGAACCAGGAUUGCAUUUGAAGUUAAGCUGCAAAAAACCAGUCGAUCAACAGAUUUUCGAGUCCCACAGUCAAUAUGCACCAUGUUUAAUGUUAUGGUUGAUGCCAAAGCUCAAUCAACAAAACUUUGCAGUAUGGAAAUGGGCCAAGAGCAUCAAUACCAUUCAAAAAUAGACGAACUAAUCGAAGAAACGGUUAAAGAAAUGAUAACACUCUUGGUGGCAAAGUUCGUUACUAUCUUGGAAGGAGUCCUGGCAAAAUUAUCCAGAUAUGAUGAAGGGACCUUGUUUUCUUCUUUUCUGUCAUUUACCGUGAAGGCAGCUUCCAAAUAUGUGGACGUACCUAAACCUGGAAUGGAUGUGGCCGACGCCUACGUGACUUUCGUCCGCCACUCUCAGGAUGUCCUGCGUGAUAAGGUCAAUGAGGAGAUGUAUAUAGAAAGGUUAUUUGAUCAAUGGUACAACAGCUCUAUGAACGUCAUCUGCACCUGGUUGACAGACCGGAUGGACCUACAGCUUCACAUAUAUCAGUUGAAAACACUAAUUAGGAUGGUAAAGAAAACCUAUAGAGAUUUCCGAUUGCAAGGGGUCCUGGAUUCCACCUUGAACAGCAAGACCUACGAGACCAUCCGGAACCGGCUCACUGUAGAAGAAGCCACGGCCUCAGUGAGCGAGGGUGGGGGCCUGCAGGGGAUCAGCAUGAAAGACAGCGACGAGGAAGAUGAAGAAGAUGAUUAGACCAUUUGGUCCUUCAAGUCCACUGGGACAGUCCUGUAAUCAAUGCAUGUCCUUAGUCUGUUAGUUAACUCCAUUAGGGAAUUUUCUGUCAACUACCAUGCCCAUGAGAUGUUUACCAAUACAAUUGCCAUUUUAGCUAUGUGGUACCAAGAUUAGCAAUGACCUUCCAAUCCAUUGGUUUCCUUAUUUCCAUGUCUAUAUGUUUACAAGCAAUAUGGCGCACCAUUCUUUAAAUACUGUUCAUGGAGAAUACAUAGUCCAACUGCUAGACGGGUCUCUCUUACCAGCCAAGUGAAAUGAUGCUUCAUUCACAAACUGUGUAGACAUUGAAGAUAAAUGGAUGUGAAGGCGAGGAUGCUGGAGACUUUUUUCUUUGAUUCAUGUUUGUGGAUGCUGGUUAUUUAAAUGAGUACAUAAAUAAUUUAAGCACAUAGAUCUGCUUUUUUUUUUUAAUAAACCAAAGGCCAGGCCCCAAUAGCCAACUUUUGGUUCUUUCUGUUCCCCUAAAACUAAAAAAAAUAUAUUUUAAAAAAAUGGAAUCCUAGCAUCCUUGUUGGCCUAUCCUUUCAUCUAUAUGCUAUCAAUAUAGUUAGCCAUAAAAGGCUACAUACUGGCAGAUUAAUUCUCUUAAUUGCCACGGCAAGGGGGCAAUCCCAUCAUGACUUAGCAUGGAGCACAGUUCAGAGUAACUGUCUUCUGUCAUAAAGUUUAUCAUCCUAAAUGUUAACAUUUUGCUUUUAUGUUUCAAUAACUGUGUAUGUAAAAAAAACCCACCUGAAUAUUUAAAUGACAACCCUAGAUUAUAAAUGUGUUUAUAAUAAGAUGUGGAUAUUUCCCUCUGUAGACUGUAAUCAUAAUUUAAAUUAUUUUGUUCCACACUGUUUUUUAUAUCUGUCAUGUACAUUGCGUUUUGAUCUGUAACUGCACGACCCUGAGGUCAGCUGCAGAGCGCUCUCUUCCUGUGUAAAGUAGUGGAUCCAUCUUGCUUUUGCCUUAUAUAAAGCCUACAGUUAUGAAAGUGUGGGAAACUGUGGCUUCUCAAUAAAUAACCAUUCAAAUGUCCUGAGAAUAUCCACUGGCAUUUGU